UUCGCGUAGACGCUAACGAUGCUGUUUGCUAACAAGAGAAGCGACUGAGUUAAAAAAAAAAAAAAUGGGUGCGUUUUAUUGUGCAAUAUGCAGACAAACGGAUUUCUCUGGAAAAGGUCACAUUUUCGGGAAAAGCCACCAGAGCAAACUGAAAGUGGUUCUGGUUAAAUUCCUGGAUAAGGUGAAAGAAGCGCGGCGAACCCUGAAAAGUCCGCAGGUAGAGAAGUUCGAUGCGUCGCUGCAUGAAGCAAAGUUCUGGUGCUAUUGCUGCGAAGAGGAGGUGCAAAAACAUGUGAGCGAUGGCACAAUCACUGUGCUUUACUCAGGACUGCUGGAGCACAUGAGCACUCAAGAGCACCGCAAAAACACAAAUGCCUUCUGGUGGAAAAACAAAGCAGACCAUAAACACAAAGAAAAGUUCAUCAUCACCGAGCAGGAGACAGAACGAUUCAAGGAAGAAGUUGCCAAAGCUCUCGAACAAUAUGAAGAGAAAGAGGACACGCUUUUAAAAGAACAAGCUGCUUUCAUCCGGUCGCAGGAGCAACACAGGCAGGAGGUGCUUCAGGCUCUAUUAGAGCCUCAGCCAGACCUGCAGCAGUCUGCUGAACCGGAGCAGCAGGACAUCCAGCAGACCAUCGGCACUGGUUCAGAGCAGACAGGAUGUUACAGUCAUAGUGCACUAAACGAGCAAGCAGGGCCAAGCCAUGACGACCCCUUCAUGCAGAGUCAGUGGGACGAUUCAGGACAAGGCCUCACUUUCAUUGGCUAUCAGGACGGCUUUGCCAGUGGAAACGUUCACACAGGGGCGGUGCCUCCAUGGCUGCUGGAGGAUCCUGAGGAGGAGAGAGUGGGGAGCUCGCAGGACAUUGGUCCGUCUCUGCAGGAUUUUCUUAAACACAAAGAGCAGCAGAAGCUGAAGAAGCUUCCAGCCAACCGCGUGGGCGCCAACUUCGACCACAGCUCGCACACCGACGCAAACUGGCUCCCGUCAUUCGGACGAGUCUGGAACAGCGGCAGGCGCUGGCAGUCCAGGCACCAGUUCAGGCAGGAGGAGGUUAAACGUGGCCAGAAGAGAGGGAGAGAGCGUGGAGGAAAGGCAGCCAAGAAGCAGAAACAUCUCACCAAUGGAGACGUCUGAUCAUUAGACAUGUAUAUGAGCACUGCAGCUUGGGCAGGAGGAGUGUGAACCUAGAUUCAAUCGAGUGAGAGUUUGUGGAUUUCAGGCUUAAGGCAAGUUUUGUGUCGCAGUUUGUAACUGCACUCACUUUCUCACAUUGAGAAAUCUAAAAUUCUACCACGAUGCUGUCGGGCGUAAUUUUUAAUGAUUAUGCGAUAUUAACUCGCUUGUCCUAAUACAUUAUAGUCUCUAUAGCAACAGCAUGGACGCUCAACACAAACACUUUACGUAAGGUAACAGUGUAACAAUCAGAUCAACAACAGCAAAGUCUUCUGUAUAUGGAGGCCUUUUUUUUUUUAAACAUGAAAAGGGGAGGGGGGGGUCGGGCGGCACGGUGGUGUAGUGGUUAGCACUAGCGGGGGGAGAAUGACAAUUUAGGUUAUUGUAAUCCAUAAGAAUUAUUUGCUAAAUGGCAAUAACUUUGUCAUGUAUUUUUCUGUAUUAGCAUUUUAUUCCUUAUUUAUUAUAUUAAAUGCUGAUUUUUUUUUGGGGGGGUACAUUUUACAAACUCGCUGUACCUUGCAAAGAGUAGCGACUGAGAUAAAAACUCAACUUCACCAUUCGUGUUUCCAGUUUAUUGAAUAAAUCUGCAGCACAUUGAA